CGCACUUCCGCUUCGCGCUGUCGUAUUUCUGGACAUUGUGACCAUCUUUUAAAGCUCGUGCUCUGCCUCUGCAACUUGACUCUUGUCUAGGAAGAGCACUCAGCAGACCAAGAAUAUGGCCCCAGGGCUCCUGACAACCAGGGAUGAGGCAUUAAUGGCCUUCAAGGAUGUGGCUGUGGCCUUCACCCAGAAGGAGUGGAAGCUACUGAGUCCUGCUCAGAGGACCCUGUAUCGGGAUGUAAUGCUGGAGAACUACAGCCAUAUGGUGUCGCUGGGAAUCGCCUUUCCUAAACCAAAACUCAUCAUACAACUGGAGCAAGGGGACGAGCCCUGGAGAGAGGAGAGUGACAGUCUUCUGGACCUUUGUCCAGCAGAACCAAGAACAGAAUUCCAGCCCCAUCUCUCCUGCCCAGUGAGUUUUUCCAGUCCACAGUUCCUCCAUCAAUAUGUGUUCUGCGGUCACUUCCCUCAGAUCUUCCCAGGUUCAUCUGCAGGAAGCCACUUCCUACUAGAAGCUCCGAGCUGCUCGAGUAACAAAGCAGAAGAUGGAGAGAGAGAAGGCUCUUGCGCUGUGUUUGGGAGGCUGCGGCUGAGCGGGACUUCAAGGGCAUUCUUCAGCCCAUCUCAAGGUCAGCCAGUAGACCAGGAAGGCAACAGUGGUGGAGGAAUAGAUCAGGGGGUGAUCCCUGAGGAGACAGAUGCAAUGUUGACAGGGGCAGACAUCUCAGAAUCUGGAGCAGUCAUAUGUGAAAAAUACAGACUAGGACUUAGCACAAAGUCAAGCCUCUUUAGCCUCCAGAAGCUUCAUGUGUGCCCUGAAUGUGGCAGAAGCUUCUACCAGAAGUCAGACCUCAUCAAGCACCAGAGGACACACACAGGGGAGAAGCCCUAUAGUUGUAGGGAGUGUGGGCGAGGCUUUGGCCGGAAGUCCUCACUCACCAUACACCAGAGGAAACACUCAGGGGAGAAGCCCUACAUGUGUAGGGAGUGUGGGCGACACUUCAGGUAUACAUCCUCCCUAACUAACCAUAAGAGGAUACACUCUGGGGAGAGACCCUUUGUAUGUCAGGAGUGUGGGCGAGGCUUUCGCCAGAAGAUUGCCCUCAUCCUGCACCAGAGGACACACUUGGAGGAGAAGCCUUUUGUGUGUCCAGAGUGUGGAAGAGGCUUUUGCCAGAAGGCGUCACUCCUCCAACACCGUAGCUCACAUUCGGCUGAGAGGCCCUUCUUGUGCCUUGAGUGUGGGCGUGGCUUCAGGCAGCAGUCGCUGCUCCUCAGUCAUCAGGUCACACACUCAGGGGAGAAGCCUUAUGUUUGUGCCGAGUGUGGGCACAGCUUUCGCCAAAAGGUCACUCUCAUCAGACACCAGAGGACACACACAGGGGAGAAGCCUUACAUGUGCUCUGAGUGUGGGCGCGGCUUUAGCCAGAAAGUCUCCCUCAUGGGCCACCAGAGGACACACACGGGUGAGAAGCCUUAUGUGUGCCCUGAGUGUGGGCGUGGUUUUGGUCAGAAGGUCACCCUCAUCAGACACCAGAGGACGCAUACUGGGGAGAAGCCUUAUCUGUGCUCUGAGUGUGGACGUACCUUUGGCUUCAAGUCACUCCUCACCAGACACCAGAGGACACAUUCAGGGGAGGAGGCUGAUGUGUACGGAGUAUGUGAGCAAAGACUUGGUCAGAAGACCCACCUCACCUCUGACCAGAAGACAUACUCAGGAGAAAAGCCAUGUGUGUGUGAUGAGUGUGGACGUGGCUUUGGCUUCAAGUCAGCCCUCAUCAGACAUCAGCGGACCCAUUCAGGAGAGAAGCCAUAUGUGUGCAGGGAGUGCGGUCGUGGCUUUAGCCAGAAGUCUCACCUCCACAGACAUAAGAGGACCAAGUCUGGCCAUCACCUCCUGCCACAAGAGCUGUUCUCUUGACGUUUCCUUUCUUUUCCCCAUGAGUGUGUAGGUGGCAGAAAUCACUAGGAAAUGUUACACUUUCCUUAAAUUCAGUCGAGGAAAAAAAUGUUGCAUUCUUUCAGUGAUCUUAAGAUAGUUGACUUAUGGUUUACUUCUUGCACUAGCAAUGUGUUUUAAUUUGCUAGGGCUGCCAUAACAAAAUACCACAGACGUGGUGGCUUAAGGAACAGAAGUUUGUUUUUUCAAAGUUCUUGAGACUGGAAGUCCAAGAUCAGUGUGUAGGCAGUUUGGUUUUUACUGAAGUCUCGCCCCUUGGCUUGCGGAUGAUUGCAUUCUUGCUGAGUCCUGAAUGGCCUUUUUUCUGUGUGUUUGCUUCUCUGGUAUCUCUCUUCUUCUGAGUACACCAGCCAUACUGGGUUAGGGCUCCACCCUAUAACCUCAUAAUAUUUACCUUUAAAAGUCACAUUGUAGGUUAUGGCUUCAAUGUAUGAAUUUGGGGGAACAAUUCAGUCUUAACAACUCCGCCCUCUGGACCCCCCAGAUUCAUAUUCUUCACAUACAAAAUACAUUCGCCCCAUCUUAAAAGCUGCAAACAUCUUAACCCAUUCCAGUAUCAACUCUAAAUUCAAAAUCUCACCUAAAUCUCUUCUAAAUUGAGUGUGGAUGAGAGUAGAGGUACGUUUCAUCCUUUGGCACAAUUCCUUUCCAGCUGUGAACCUGUGAACCAGACAAGUUAUUCGCUUCCAAAAUACAAUGAUAGGAUAGUCAGAGAAUUCACAUUUCCAUUCUAAAAGUGGAAAGAAGGAUUGCUGGGUCCCAAGCAAGUUUAAAACCUUGCAAGGCAAAUUAUGUUAGUUUUUAAGGCUUGAGAAUAAUCUUUAGCUAUGUAUUCUGCCCUCUGGUCCCACUGGGGUGGCAGCCCCACCUUCUGGUCUCACUGGGAUGGCAGCGGUGAUACCUGGCCCACUGAAACCAUGGAAGAACCAUAUGGCUCCUCAGACAUUUAUUCUCUGGGCCUGCUUUGGAAAUGGCAGACCUGCUGGUCUCUCUUUCACCUUUGGGGUCAUUCUUUCCUUUUCUUGAUGGAUAAUGUGUUUUUAGUCAGAUAGAUAGCUCUAUUUUCCCUUCUUGUAGAAUCUCAGAAAUCUGACAGCCUGCCUUCAUUCUGUCCCAUCUAGGUCACCUUUAGUUCUACUGAGAUGGUUGAUUGGUUCCAAACUUACCUCUCUGUCUUUUUUAUUUAUUUUAUUUAUUUAUUUUUGGCUGUGUUGGGUCUUCUUUGUUGCGUACGCACUUUCUGAACUUGCGGCGAGUGGGGUCUACUCUUCGUUGUGUUGCACGUG